CUGUUGCAACACAAAAAAACCACUGCCAUUUUUUUCGCUUGAUUGGAAUCACUCUAGUGCCGUAAACAGUAAUACAACACCAUGACAUCCCGUGAACCCUCCUCCUCAAAACUCUGGAGUUACGACGUGUUCUUGAGUUUUAGAGGUGAAGAUACACGCAAUGGCUUCACGAGCCACCUUCACGCGGCAUUACAAGGCAGGGGCUUCGAUGCCUUUAUUGACGAGGACAAUCUGAAAAGAGGGGGAGAAAUAAAACCCGAACUGUUGCGGGCAAUCGAAGGGUCCAGAAUCUCGGUCAUUGUCUUCUCAAAGAGUCACGCGGAAUCAAGAUGGUGUCUUGACGAGCUGGUGAAGAUCAUGGAAUGUAGAGAAAGGCUAGGGCAACAGGUCUUGCCAAUAUUCUAUCAUGUCGAUCCUUCACAUGUGAGGAAGCAGGAAGGUUGUUUAGCCCGAGCAUUUCAGAAGCACGAAGAUGGCAUCCUUGAAGAAAAAGAUGACAAAGAACGUGAAGCUAAGAAAGAAAGGGUAAAGCAGUGGAGGGAGGCUCUUACUCAAGCUGCAAAUUUGUCUGGCCACCAUCUUAAUAACGGGCCUGAAGCAAAGGUUAUUAAGACAAUUGUUGAGAAGAAUAUUCUGGAAUUGCUUCCUGGCACGGAUGAAUUACAGGUGGCCAAGUACCCGGUUGGAAUCGACUCUCGUGUUCAACCAAUUAUCAAUGAUAUUUUUAGUGGUGGAUUAAAUGAUGUUAAAAUGGUUGGAAUUUGGGGGAUGGGUGGAUUGGGCAAAACAACUGCUGCCAACGCCAUUUAUAACAAAAUUCAUCAUUGCUUCCAGUUUAAAUGUCACCUUGGAGAUGUUAGUGACACUGAACAUAGAUAUGGUUUGGUUUAUUUGCAAAAACAACUUGUUUCUAACAUGUUGAAACAAACCGCCAUAUUCCUGAUAAAUAGUGUCGGUGAAGGGAUCAGUGUAAUAAAACGACUUCUUCGACGUAGAAAAGUACUUAUUGUUAUUGAUAAUGUAGAUAAAGUGGAGCAACUAAGUGCAAUAGCUGGAGAUCGUGAGUGGUUUGGUCCAGGAAGUAUAAUUAUCAUAACAACAAGAGAUCAACAUUUGCUAAAUCAAGUGAGAGUGAAUAUGAGAUAUCCAGCCAAGGAAAUGAAUGAAGAGGAGGCUCUUGAGCUUUUCAGUUGGUAUACAUUUGAAAAUAAUUGCCCUAAAGAAGAAUAUUUUGAAUUAUCAAAGAAGGUAGUUUCUUACUGUGGAGGUUUGCCGUUAGCACUCAAAGUUUUAGGCUCCACUCUUUUUGGUAGACCCAUAACAGAGUGGCAAAGCUAUUUGGAGAAAUUAAAAAGAAUACCUGAAGGAGAAAUUAUAGAAAAGCUCAAAAUAGGCUUUCAUGGGUUAGAUUAUAAUCAAAAAACUAUAUUCCUUGAUAUAUCUUGUUGCUUUCUUGGUUUGGAGAAGGAUCAUGUCACAAAAAUAUUGGAUGAAUGUGGCUUCUAUGCAACAAACGAAAUCAGUGUUCUCAAUGAACGGUGCCUUAUAACUAUUGAAUGGGGCAAACUAAAGAUGCAUGAUUUGAUUCGAGAAAUGGGCAAGACAAUCAUUUCUGAAAAAUCUCCUACUCAACCUGGAAGAUGGAGUAGACCGUGGAAUUUUGAAGCCAUAACAGACGUGUUGACAAAUAAAUCUUUGCCAAGCUCUAAAACAAAGGCUAGUUUCAGUACAAAAGCAUUUGUCAAUAUGAAAAAACUGAGAUUGCUACGGCUCAACAAUGUAGAGUUUACUGGAAGCUUCAAACAUUUUCCGAAAGAGUUGAGAUGGUUGGGCUGGCAUGGAUUCCCUUUCGAGUACAUGCCGGAGCACCUUCUUAAUCAGCCAAAACUUGUUGCUCUUGACCUGCGGUUCAGCAAACUCAGAAAAGGCUGGAAGAAUUCCAAGCCGCUCGAAAAUUUGAAAAUCCUUGAUCUUGCUUGUUCCUGGAAGUUAAAAAAGUCACCAGACUUUUCAAUGCUCCCAAAUCUCGGAGAAUUGAAUUUUUCAGGCUGUUCUAGUUUGUCCAAGAUUCACCCAUCCAUCAGUCAACUUAAAAAACUCACUAGGGUAGAUUUUCAAUGGUGCCAUAAGCUUAGGUAUCUUCCAGCGGAAUUCUAUAUGUUGAAAUCUGUUGAGACUCUUUGUCUGUCGUUUUGUGCAUUAAGAGAACUGCCUGAGGGCUUAGGGGAGAUGGUAUCAUUGAGUAAAAUUGAUGCAAAAUUUACAGCCAUAAAACAAUUCCCCAACGACCUUGGGCGUCUAAUUUCUUUACAAGAGUUGAUAGUUGGAGGCAAUAGUUUUCGUAGCCUACCUAGCCUCAGUGGUCUUUCAAAUCUCGUAAUGUUGAGACUUGGGUAUUGCAGAAAUCUUCGUGCAAUCCCCGAUUUACCAACAAAUUUGAAAGUCUUAGAUGCAAUUUUAUGCCCUGCAUUGGAAACAAUGCCAGACUUUUCGCAAAUGUCAAACAUGGAACGACUGUUUCUAAGUCAUUCGCCCAAAGUCACUGAGGUUCCAGGUUUAGGCUUGGGUAAAUCAUUAAACUCCAUGGCGGAGCUUGAUAUGUACGGGUGCGCCAAUCUCACAGCUGAGUUUAGGAACAACAUCCUACAGGGAUGGACUUCUUGCGGAGUUGGUGGUAUUUUACUGAAUAAGAUUUAUGGUAUUCCGGAGUGGUUUGACUUUGUCACUGACGGCAAUAAAGUCAGUUUUGAUGUUCCUCAAUGUCAAGGUCGUAAUUUUAAAGGGUUGACACUCUGCUGGGUUUGGUCGCAAUUCCAACAUAAAAGUGUUGCCUUUACUGUUGUAAAUUGUACCAAGCAUACUACUUCGAGGGUCUCUAGGCUUUCUUGGGGAGUAACAGCGGGUUAUUUUCGGCAGGUACAAUUAUCGAACAAUAAGCUCAAGCUCAAUUUGCAAGUCGGGGACAAGAUUGUUAUUCUUUUAGAGGGUUUUGAAGCGGAGAAAUUAGGGGUAAAUCUAGUAUGGGACAAACCUUUGAAGGAAAACAAGAAUCUUGGUGAUUAUUACUAUGAAUACGACUAUGAAGCAGUUCCGGAUUGGUUGUAUGGUGAGUCAAGUCCGGGACCAAGCCAUGGCGCAUCUGAUAAUCAUCCCACUAAUCAAAUGACGACUACUACAGAUGAACCCAAACGGAAAAGGCAAAGGGUUUGAAGAGAGAGCAUUGCCAGAUCGGUUGAGUAGUUGCUAUUCCUGCAUUAUACUCUCCCGCAGACCAUGUCAGCUGUCUUUCUAGUUUUCCCAGCUCCAUUAUUCGGACAUUUGAUUUGAUCGCAUCCAACAGAUGAUUUGUUCCUCAUUUUACUGACAAUUCAUUUGCGAUAUUGACUAGUUGUUCAGUUGUUAAUUGUUGUAUGCUUUACAUAUAUCCAUAUUCUCUUGUGGAACCAAAUUAUUAGCAUCAUACUUCGACU